GAGUCUCGACCUGUCCUGUGUUUGUUCAUGUCCUGGCAAUCUCCAUCAGCCAUGGCUGGGAUCGGAGGAAUGCCUGGCGCCAUGGAUGGUUCGAAUGGCCCACAGGGGACGGAAUACACAUUACAGGGUGUAAUGCGCUUCCUACAAACAGAAUGGCACCGACACGAGCGCGACCGCAAUGCAUGGGAGAUUGAACGGGCAGAGAUGAAGUCUCGCAUUGGUCGAUUGGAAGGUGAUUUGCGCACCAGCAAGCGCCUGCAUGAGUCCCUUGGGAAGCAUGUUCGGUUGAUGGAGACCGCCCUGAAGAGGGAGAGGGAGAAGAUCAAGAAGCUUUCGAACAACGAGAAGUCUGAAGAGCUUAAGGAUGCCAAAGAGGCUGCACGUGAAAGCGUCAACUUUCUGAAAGCGCAUCGCCCCAAGCCGAGCACGGACCAUGAGGAUGACGAAGAACCAAACAACGAAAACCAGCGUGAGGGUCAAAUUGAGGACAUAGACAAAGUUCGAGGUUACUUGUCCAAAGCUUCCCACGAAAUCGCGUACCAUGUCAUACCCGCCUCCCACCCGCCUCCUGACAUGAAUGAUGCCGACAUGUCAGGCCAGCUUUAUGGCAAUCCACAGCUGUCGCAACAGAACCUAGAGGAGGCCUACCUUCAGCAGCAACGUCAGAAGGCGAACCACGUUAUGGCACGUGAAAUGGCCCUACAAAACCACCAACCGAUGCCUAAUCACUAUUCUGAGAAUGCCAUGGCUCGUGCUCAAAACCAGUAUCUUUCUCGGGAUGCCAUGGAUCGACGGUCAAUGGACCCGCAGCAAGGCCCUGUCGCAGCAAUCGAAAAUCGGACCCAAGUAUAUGAACAGGGAAUAGUGGACGAUCGCUCAAAACCGACCUACGAGGCCCAGGGCCCUCAAGUGGUCGUCAAGGAGGAUGUGACUCUGCAAAACUUGACCGAGGAAAGAACAGAGGAUGUGGAUGGAUGGAAUUUUGACGAACCAGCGGAGCAGGAACUCGCGGUCAUCAAACCCAUCCCGCCUCAUCGCCCGGAUACCGAUGCUUUCCCAAAUGCCAACUUUAUGGGCUCUGAGUCGACCAAGAGCGAGUCUUCCCCCCACCGGAGGAAGAGUUCGAGUUCGGGAUCAAAGCGCAAGAGCGAUGGUGCAACUGCUGCCCGGGAAGCUAGUGCGGCAUUGGGACAACAGCGGGAUUCUAUCUUUCAAUGCCGAUUUGCAUUGCGUGGCCACUUGGAUGUGAUUCGAUCUGUCAUCUUCACUGGAGUGGUUAUCCAAGAAGACGAGAAGGUAAUAAAACACGAGAUAUGCACUUGCAGCGAUGAUGGAACGAUCAAGCGAUGGUUCGUCCCGUCUGCUUCUGGUGGUUCUGGAGCUGCUGCUAGCCGUGACUCGGAUAUUACGAGCUACUUUACUCAUCGCGGACAUGAAGGCUCAGUGACUUCUCUUGCCGCGUGCUCGCCCUCUCAGAAUAUCUCCACUGGUGGUCGUGUUUUGGGUGAUGGAUGGAUCUUUUCAGGUGGCCAAGAUACCAGCGUGCGAGUAUGGGAACGUGAGCGAAUUAAUCCCAAGGCCACCUUGGAAGGGGGCCAUACAGAUGCUGUUUGGGGACUCUGCGUUCUCCCCGGGACCGUGGGCUCUGUGUUUGGCGACUCAAGCAGUCGCUAUGGUGGAUCCGAUCGAAUCCUUCUUGCCUCCGGUGCAGCAGAUGGCUACGUUUUGAUUUGGGCUAUCAGCGACCUCCCUCAAAGUUCCUCCCCUCCGGCUGCAACUCGCCGUCAGCGGGCGAACUCAAAGUCAAUGUCUGGUUCUAACUUCCAACCUUUACCUCAACCCAGUGUCGUCACUACCGCUCUCCAUUACACCAUUGUUCGUCGCAUCGACUGUCGCACCGGUUCUCCUUCUCCAACAUGCAUCAGCCCCUUGUCUCUUGCAGGCGUCAACUUUGUCGUCUCCUACUCGGAUGCCUCUAUCAUUGUCUACGACACACGGACCGGCGAAGAAAUUGCGAAUAUGGCCAGCCUCGAGACUUAUGAUGGCACGCCAGCUACUGGGGUGAAUUCAGUCGUUGCCACCACUGUUGGCUUUGAUGGAACAGUCAAUCUCAAUCCCGACCGAGCGAUGGCCGAAGAAGAAGUGGUCCACGGAGCUACUGGAUCUAGCAGCGUAGAGGGUGUAAUCAUCAGUGGCUACGAGGACCGGUAUAUUCGCUUCUUUGAUGCCAAUAGUGGUCAAUGUACAUACACAAUGCUUGCUCAUCCUGCUGCGAUAGCCUCAUUGUCUUUAUCUCCAGAUGGGCGUGAGCUUGUCUCGGCCGGCCAUGAUGCGAGCUUGCGAUUCUGGAAUCUUGAGAAGCGCAGCUGUACCCAGGAGUUGACAAGUUACCGACUGAUGCGCGAUGAAGGAGUUUGUGCCGUAGCAUGGAGCCAUGAUGGCCGAUGGGUCGUUGGAGGUGGUGGAGACGGCGUGGCCAAAGUCUUCUCUCGAUGA